AUGAACAGUAUAAUAUUAAGGCUAGAAAACUUUAUGUUGAUCGAAGUAGACAAGGGGAAGGUUAUUCACAAGAGUAAUAAUAAGAGUAUGCUCGUUCGUCGAGAGUUCGUUCAUAUGAAUGAGAAGACCAACGACUGCUUCUCUGGUUGCUCUCCAAGCGGGUGUCUUUUGCACUCCACAAAUAAUAAUGCCAAGAUUGGUGGCAUGUACGCUAAUGAGGCCAUCCAUGGAGGUAUAGAAGGCAAAGCACUACAGUACCUACUGGGCAUGAUGGAAAAGGGAGGUCAGAAAAGAAUCCUCGCAGAGGAAAUGAUGCGAAAAUUAGGUUUCCCUUAUCAUGGGGUGGCGAAGGAGGUUGGGGUGGUGCCCUGUUCUGGGGCAACCUGUCCCGGUGCAAUCUGUUCCGGGGCAAUCUGUUCCGGGGCAAUCUGUUCCGGGGGGCACUCCUCUGCUCCUUUUGGCGUGCGAAGCGGUUUUCACAGCAAUGUGCAUAACUGCGUUGGGGGCAGUCAGGAUGACCCCACUGUGCAAUGUGCUCACGGGAAAGGUCAAGCUGUAGACACCUGUGGCAGUGGAGAUGGCCUAUGCAAGAACCAACUAAUGGAAUUAAUACGGGAGGUUCUAAUUCAGCAUGGUGCACACAUAAACCAGAGCGUGGAGCUCAACUCGAAUGAUAAUGGUUUCUCGGGGGGGGAAGGAGUGAACGAUGGCAGUCACCAAGAUAGUAGAAAUGACGAUGAGGGAAGCUGUAGUGCUGCAGAAAACGACGUCAGUGGGGUAAGUGAAAAAUUGCAACCAAAUAGUGAAUCGGACAGGGCCAACGGUGCGAAUGACCAAACCCCCUUCGAUGAUAGUUCAGCCUCGCUCCAAACAGAAGCGAAGAAGCAAAGCAGAUUCAGUUUCAUCGAAGAGAAAGCUCGCGAUAGGAUAGACUCCGAUCCGGAUCCAGGCAACGUGGGGAAAAGCAACCCAAGUGGAAGCAACCCAAGUGGAAGCAACCCGAAUGGAAGUAACCCUAAUGGAAGUAACCCUAAUGGAAGUAACCCUAAUGGAGGUAACCCUAAUGGGAGCAUACUAAACAAGGAGAAUUUUUUUAAAUUGUUGAAAUGGUAUUUAUCAGUUAAGGUCGCUGGUGGUUGUGAUAAGUCUUCCAUCUGCAAAUCGCACGUGAGUGGACAGUCGCGUCUCGACAGCUCCAAAGCGGUGGACGACGGUAAAGCGGCGGAGGACGGCAAAACGGUGGAAGACGGCAAAACGGUGGACUACAGCAAAGCGGUGGAGGACGGAAGGGCGCUUCAUUAUGGGGCAUUCCCCUGCGAGCAUCACGAGAGGAGAAAGACCUGCGGGAGCGUCCUCAACAGGUGUGCAACGGGAAAUAACAAUCUCGGGGCAAAUAACAACCUCGGGGCAAAUAUCCUCAAAACACAGGGUGCAUUACAUCGGUGCAGUUCCUUUGAUGGGGAAGAGGCAGGCAAUGGAAUUGCCACCAGUCUUAACAGAACCUGUGGGCUGCACCCAUUCAAAGGAUGGAACGAUGCAAAUCAGAUGCACAACUGCCAUGAGCAUAAAGCAAACGUUUGCAUUCAUGCUAACCCUUCGAAGUGUGCCCUCAUGGGUAUGGCCACUCAGCAAGUAAACCACAUGAAUGGUUUGUUGACCAUAGAGAGAGCAACCUGCGGAGGGAUGCCCACAUGUACUUCUGACAACUGCAACGGGAGUGGCCAUAACUACCUCUGCGCAGAGAGGAUAAAGCUGUCAAGCAUCUUAAAUGAGAAAAAUGGGAAAAGUAAUGCCAUUAGUGAACCCAAUGCAGGGGAGAACAACGACAAGGGAAGUAAUGCAUGUGGAGGAGAAUUAGGAAAAAUUAUUUUCAAUUUGAUUAAAUCAGGAGAAGUCAGCUUCGAUGGUUUGCCUUAUGAAAAAUUUUUGUAUGAAUCGAAGGUGCUGGAAGAGACGAAUGGCUCAACGGCGUUUAGACAUCCCAUGGGAGACAACAGCAAUAAUGAGAUGUGUGGAGGUGAGCGCCAUCUGCAUACAACACAUGGUGGGGUGAGUAAUCCGUCUAACUGUUUCUGUUGUGUGAAGAACCUAGUGGGGGGAAAGGGUAACGUUAUCGACCUGUGUAACCAUGUGGCCCAAGAGUUGAUCAAUAAGAAUGACGGACAGGGAGUUAAGGAGGAGGACAUGAGAGAGGGACAGGUGCAGGGGCAGGAGGAGAACCUACGAAGGAUGAACGGUAAUCAGUGCUCGGAUGGGAAGCUUGCAUAUGGCAGUUUGGUUGACUCAGCCUGCGGUAAUUGCGGUAACAGCGGUAAUUGCGGCAACUGCGGUAACUGCGCCAACUGCGCCAACUGCGCCAACUGCGCCAACUGCGGAAGUGGGUUAAUGCCCAUCACGGCGAACGGCUCAGCAUGCACGCAACAGAUCAACAACAAUAGCAAUAAUCUGUGGAAGCUCUACCAUCUGUAUGGACUUUUGGAGAAGGGGAAGAACGGCACUGCUGCGGAUGAUAAAAUUUGCAACGAUAUGCCAAACGGAUUGAAAAAGUAUUUAGCCAAGCAUGACUACCUUUUUUGCAAAGGGAAGGUUGGGAACAACCCCUUGCUCUCUUAUGAUAACGUGGCAACUGAUAACGGGUGCGAACAGGAAGGAGGUAGUGGGAAUAAAAUGCUGAGCGAUAACUGCAGCAGGUUGUAUGAGCAAGAGUUGACUUUGCUGAACAGCCAACUCUUCCAUUCCAGGAGGGACAACAUGCAGUUCGCUUCCUACAUGGAAGAAGACAGUGGAUUAUUGCCCUGCUUUGAUAAGGACGACGGGGGUGGCGGAUUCGGAGUCGGGAAUGGCGGUUGCGCAGUGGGGAAUGGCGGUUGCGCAGUGGGGAAUGGCGGUUGCGCAGUGGGGAAUGGCGGUUGCGCAGUGGGGAAUGGCGGUUGCGCAGUCGAGAAUGGCGGUUGCGGAGUGGGGAGCAACCCCCUUAUUGGUAACGUAGUCGGUGGAGGGCCUGGGAGUCACUUCCCCGGAGGGGGGACAGUCGAGGAAGGAAUGUAUAAGGAUACCCACAGGGCAUACCAGAAUCUCUUUUUAAAUGACGAAGAGAAUCACAGAAAUGAAUCGACCAUGUUGUUUCAUGAUGGUAAUCAUAGGACAAGCAAAACGAAUGAGGAUAGAAUGAAGCAUUACCUUUCAUCUCUGUAUAACUCCAUUAUUUACAAGUCUGGGUUUUAUCCGACUGAGGGUUCUAACCAUAACGGUGCACAGAGCAGUGGAGGGAGUGGGAAUAUCCGUUUGAACAGCAGUAGCCAUAGCCAUGUGAAUAGAUGCACAGACUCCAGGAGAAGUAGCAACCUAUGUGAUUACCUGACUAGCUUUACCUACUCCAAUCCGAAUGAAAAUUGCAGCGAUAAUGUGAGUCAUGUGGAUGAACUCGGAAAAUUCCUUCUCGUGCGAGGAGAACAUAGUAACAGUAGGGAUGGUAGUGGGGGUGGUAGUGGCAGGGGUGGCAGUGCCCGCCAUGCACUAGGUCGUCAUAGUAGCGGUAGACAUGGACACCAUCGACUCGGAGGAGGAAGUGCUAGCAAAGGAAGCAGUCACAAUAAAAGCUUCGCUCAUUUAUACGAAGAUGUAGUAACUUCUCUUGAUCAUGGGAAAACCAAACUGUGCAAUAAACACAUGAGUAAUUCUAUGGGUCUCUUUAACGGAAGGAAUAACACAGAUGAUGAUAUCAUACUUCAUGGUUACCUAACCAGAAAGAGGAGAGAAGAAAUGACUGAUCAUAUUCAAAAAAAAAGGGCACUCUUAAAAAAAAUAAAAAAUGCAGAAAAUAUGACCGAUGAGGAAAUAAAUACAAGUCUGCUAAAAUUAUCAGCAGAUCCAACAGAAUUCAAUUUUUUAAAAAAGAUUUAUAUCCAUGGUGGGGAGAUGGAAGAUAUGGAAAAUGACGAGGUGGUGGAAGACGAAGUGGUCGAAGACGAGAUAGAAGAUGACACUGCUAAUGGAAGUCGUGGUGGAAUUGCUUUAGAUGAUCAUCGGGACCAUGAUCUAAAUGGGAAGAAAAAGAUACACAUGAAGGGUGUGUAUCUUAGUGGAAGAGCAGCCGCAGGGGUUAAUGGAAAUUUGGUAAGGUCGGGAAGGCACAAAGAGUUCAAGGGAGGAAACAGUGUCGGAUGUACCGUUGGUGGAAGUGGAGGCAGUGGAGGCAGUGGAGCCAACCAUGAAGACGAUGAAAAUAUUAGCAGUGUCGACUCGACAAAACUGGGAAUGAAAGACGAACGAGGAAAAAAUGUGAAUUUUUUUCUGAAUAACUACACAGUGGAGUAUGGAAGGGGAAGGAGAAACAAAAUGGUGAAUCAAAAUUAUAUGAAGAAUUACGAGUUGGAGAGUAGGUAUUAUGGAAGGAGGGAGUCUUCCACUGCCGGUGCGGGAGAAACAGGAAUCAGUGGCAGCGGCAGUGGCAGUGGCAUUGGCAGCAACAGCGCUGUUGGUGGCGGUCAUGGAAAGGCACCGCCCAUGGGUGCGGAGCAUAGGAAUGGAAAGCUCAGCGGUGCAUGCUAUAUAGGCAAUGGCAGAAGUCACAGCAAAGAUAAAGCAAAAUUACAUAUGGAGACGACAACGACUGCCCCUGUUGGUAGAGGAAACAAUGGUGGUGGAAAAGGAGGGAUCGGAUCCAGGAGAAUCAACACCAAGGUGAGGAACAACGCUGUUGUAGAUUCGAAUGAAAACUACGAAUAUAAAAUGUCAGCAUCUGAGUUGAAGCCACAGAGAGGAGUCUACUUCGACCGAUCGCAAAAGGCAUGGAUAGGUAGUUGGUAUGAGGAAGGGAAGCAAAUUAAAAGGAGGUUCAAAAUUAAAUACUACGGUUGGGAUGAAGCUCGUAAUUUAGCCACGAAAGCCAGAUUUGCCUUCGAAAAUAGGACUAAGCAUACAAAGGGCGCUGGGAAAAAGGGUGCCUCUGCUGCUGCGGCGGCGACUGCUGCAGCUUCAGCGAAUUGCGGUGCGUCCAAUGAUGUUACUUCUAGCGGAGCGAACAACGAUGGGACUGAGGCAGUCAAUGCGGAUGCCUCCGGGGCGUAUGGACGCGCGGGGGGGAAGGAAGAAGAUGUGGCGAAUCUGAAUAAUAACGGGUCUAAUGAAGAUGGUGCGAACCAUGGUGGAAGUGCUCACCAUUUCGAAUGCGGUAGCUACAUAGACGGGACCAACAGACGAAUCAUGUCGAGAAGGGGUGGAGGCACGUACCUACGGACCACUAAUGAAAAUAACGCAGUGGACUCGAAUAGCGGUCCUACCAACAAACGAGAUGGGCGACGAGGAGGGACCACCAUGCACACGGGGAAUGCCAACAGUGGAAGGGGACAUAAAAUGGGAGAAGAAAACGAUCCCUUGAAUGGAAAGGCAGCCGCAGCAGUGGCAGCGGCAGGAGCGGCAGCGGGAGCUGGCGAUGACGACGACGAUGACGUUCUUUCAGCUGAGAAUCAGAAAAAAGUAAGAACCAAUAACAACCCAGGGGAGAGUACCGUAGUGCAAAUGGGGGACGGUAAAAAGAACGAAAAGGGCGUCCCCUACGCAGAUGCCAUAAAGUAUAGCGAUGUAGAAGAAUCCACAAACAAGUAUGAAGCCGGGGGAAGGGAAAAGUACCCUUUUGAGCAGCACCAUGUGGAUUAUGAGGAGUUCCACUCCGCCUAUGAUAAGAAGCGGAACCUAGGGAACCCCAAAGGUGACAUCCGUGGUGGAGCGUGCAAGAAUGAAGGUACCUACGAUGGUUAUGCGGGGAAGUACGCGAGUGAGUACAAGGGAGUCGAGAUUGACCUGUUCAGCGACUGGAAUGAGUUUCACCGGGCGGGUGGCGGUGUUGGCGGUGUUGGCGCUGUUGGCGGUGUAGGCGGUGUUAGCGGCGUUAGCUCCGUUGGCGGCAGGUAUGAGAGCGGAACCAGGGGGGACUAUCCCCUGAGCGGGAUGAGCAGCGUCAACGGAAUGAACGACCUGGGUGGAGGCAGAGGCAAGGCGAGGCACCUGUCCCAGGGCAGCGCCCUCCGGCACUACGACGAUUAUUGCGUAAAGGGGGGUUACCCCGAUGGGAAGCCUCCCAACGCAGAGCACACAGCGGAGGAUAAUGGUGUACCAAAAAAAAAAACGAAAAUGAGCAGUACACCACCUGUGUCACCGGAGGUAGGAGAAAAAUUAACACCCAUGGGAAUCUCACGAGAAAUCCACACGACGAUGAUGACCAGGAUGAAGACGAAGAAGAAGACCUGAAUGAAUAAGAAGGACGUGCAUCAUGCUUGUAGCAUGAUGAAAACGGAAUCAGCUAAUGAUAUAAUUGGACUCGAUGGCUACAACCUGGUGGAGAACUUGCACCAAACUAACAAGCACAGCUAUGCGCCAACACACACGAGCAGCAACGAUGAAUUGCAUUACGUGCAAAAUGGCUAUGUCAAUGGGAAGAACUACGUCAAAUGUAAGGACAGCAAUCAUCUAUAUGAGGAAGACCUCUAUAGGGGCCAUCUCCUGCAGGGAGACCCCAGAACAGACGGAGUGUACCAAAACGUCAUGUCGGGAACGCCCCCAAAUGAGAGCAUCCGAAUGAACCUUGUCAACCCCAGUGGGGGGGGAAGUAGCAGCCCGCCCUACACAACUAACAACAACGCGGUGAAGGAAAACAUGAAGCUUGUGAGUAGCCCCGCUGGGAGCAAUAGCACCACCGACAUGGUAAAUAAUAACUUGGGUGAUUGUGUGAGCAAUGGCAGGGGGGUAGUAGGGGGAACGAACUUCGAGGGUGAAGCUCCCCAGAACGACGCAGAGAUGAGCAUGACCGCGCCCUUCAGUAACACCGCCAUCGGAGGAGCAACCGGAGGAACCAAUCCAAAAGAUAACGAAGGCGCUGACCCUGACCCGAACGGGUUACACAACGGUAAUGGCAUUGACAAUUCUCUCCUUGGAACCAACCCGGGGAGCGCUGUCAGUGGCAGCGGAAACGGCAGCGGAAACGGCGGCAGCGGCAGCAACAACGGAGGCAGUGGCAACCUUUAUAUUGGCCCAAGCGACGUGUGCGUCCCCGGCGCAGAGGAGCAAAACGGGGAGAACAACAACAUGUACACGGGGGGGGUGGGCAACAAAACAAACGAGAUGCACCUCUACGCGGCACCAUGUGAGAAGCUCAGUAAAGGAUUAACAAGCGAAGAGGGUAGUCCUCUCGCUGCUCCCUUCGACCCAAACACAAAGGAGUUUUCCACCCCGGAUUAUUACAAUGGCAACAAACAGGGAACGAAAAAUCCACUCACCAGAAGUAUCAAAAAGGAGAUCGAAGAUAUGAACAUGUACAGCAAGUUGGAAAAAAUGGACAAAAUGGAUAAGACUAACUCCACCCCUGCAGGGGUUUACAUGAUCAGAAUCAACGGCAUUGUGCAGGCGUGGAGAGCUGAGUGGAGAAGUCCCAGCGGAUGUAAACGCACGAAGAACUUUGGCAUUAACACUUAUGGCAGCAGUUUGAGCAAAAAGCUGGCUAUUGAAAUGCGAGCCAGGAUGACCGGCGAGUGCCUCGUGUCGGAUGACGGCACUGUCUUUGACUACACCAAUAAGAAGGCCCCCAAGGGGACCGCCCGCGAUUAG